AAGAGGACAGACAACGAAGACGACAAACGGACGGUCGUACGGACGGACGGACGGACGAACGAGCCAAAGAGUGGCAAAAAGUGGCCAACAAGCUGACAAAGAUAAGAAAUCGUGUACAACCAAAGCAGCAAUUGAAAUAAAAAUGUUUUAAUGUGCGUUUUUACCGGUCUCUACUGGCUUUCGGCAACAAAUUGACUUUGAAUUUCGCACGGUGGUUGUUUUUGCUUUGCUGUAUGCGUGUGUCUGCCGUGAGGGUCAUUGAAUAUCCAUUAGUCAAAUCGAACGCUGAUUGUUGCCACCUGAUUGACCCAUAAGCAUGACCGAAAAGUACGAUAGCAACGGCGACUAUUCCGCAUACAACGAGGACGACAGCAAUGAGUAUGUUGGCGGAGGAGGAGGAGGCGGCGGUGUUGGUGGAAAACCUCGUAAGAGCAUAAGCAGUGGCGGCGGCGCCGGUGCCCAUAAUGGCGAUAGCAGCGUCCACGAUCAUCGCGAUCGCGAUCGUGAUCAUGGCGGCCCCGAGGGCAGUAGCAAUGUGCAGUUGAACGAAAAGGCCAGCGAAUACAUACGCGAUUGCAUGGCCGAGAAGAAUCGCAUGGAUCGAAAGUUUCCCAUUGCCGAGAAGCUGUUGGAGGGUGAGAUUGAAAAGGUGCAGACAACUGGACGCAUUCCGUCGCGGGAACAAAAAUACGCUGACAUAUAUCGAGAGAAGCCGCUGCGCAUAUCGCAGCGCGUGUUGGUUCCCAUACGCGAGCAUCCCAAGUUCAACUUUGUGGGCAAGCUGCUCGGUCCAAAGGGUAACUCGCUGCGUCGCCUGCAGGAGGAAACGCUGUGCAAGAUGACGGUGCUUGGUCGCAAUUCGAUGAGAGAUCGUGCUAAGGAAGAGGAAUUGCGCAGCUCUAAGGAUCCCAAGUAUGCACACCUGAAUAGCGACCUGCACGUGGAGAUAUCAACAAUAGCGCCACCCGCAGAGGCAUAUGCGCGCAUCGCGUAUGCCAUGGCUGAGUUGCGCAAAUAUCUGAUACCGGACAGCAACGAUAUUAUACGGCAGGAGCAACUGCGGGAGCUGAUGGACAGCACUAGCCUAAAUGAUAACGACUCCAAUUCUAAAAGUAGCUACAAAAAGAUGGGUCACAUGCAGAACGCCAACGUUGGUGCUAAUGCCAUGGGGGGUCAGGGUCCGGUUAAUUCCAGUAGUGGCGGUGCAGGUGGCGUCGGUAUGGCCAAAAAUUCAUCUCAUCACAAUUACAGAAGCUCGCAGCAAUCGUCGUUUAGCAAAAAUGUUUUAGCUCCCAAGCAGAAGGUCAUGUCUAUACUUGAAAAAGCCAGAACAGCAAUGGAUGAAACUUAUGGACGCGGCUAUGAGGACGGCAUUUCCUAUGAUCCACAUCAGUCCUACGACGCCUACAGCUAUGCAUCGCACGGUGGUCACGGUCACGGGCCCCACGGGCCGCCCAACAACAUUUUGGGUGGUGUUGGCAACAUCAGCGGCGUAAGUGGCGGAGCACGUGGUGGUCACUACGAGACUCAAGAUUAUGAAACGGAUUACUCUCGACGAGACUACUACCAGCAUUCACCCGGAUAUGCAGCUAGCGGCUCUGUGGCGCCUUCAAAUCCAAACAAUGCAACAGGUAUAAAUUCGAAUCACAACCGCAGUCACGUUAACAGGUGAAAUUUGCUGGGUUCGAGAAAUGCCAGCAAUGGAGAUGGUGUGAGAGGCACAAGGAGUGCGACAAGUCCUAUACCGAAAACCCAUAAUCUGACCAUUAAAGCCCGAUUCGUUACCAGCAGCAGCAGCAGCAACAGCAACAGCAACCACAACAACAACAAACGCAACAGCAGCUUUGAAAAAAUGGAGUGCACCAACAACCAUAAGCAGCACAACAAUAAAAAUAACAACAACAGCGGCUGCCUCCAGAAGCAGAAGCAGCAACAACAGACACAACAACAUACUCCACAACAAUCGUUGACAGUGCAACAUGAACAACAGCAACAACAUUCACAACAAAAUUACCCACCGCACAACAGUUACAACAACAACAACAAUCACUUGAAUAGGAGUUACAAAAACAAUGUGAACGAUAAGAAAAUGAAGGCAGAUCCAAUAUGUUCCCAAGCGAAUGCGAUGUAUGGCCAAAUGACUGCUGCAGUUGCCAGCAAACGCACCAUCCACAGCAACAACCACAACAACAAUAACAGCCAAAACAACAACAACAGCAACCACAUUCACACAUUAGGCAGCAAAAACAAGAACAAUAUGCAACAUACCCAAAACAACACAACUUUAACUGCGUCCAGUAUGCUAUUAGUAAGCCCUUCCAUUCCUUCGCUUCAUAUUCGUGAGAUUCCGUUCUUGCCAGUGCAGUUUCUCUAAACCACAUACAAAACUAAACAGAUACAAUAACAAAAUACAACUAAACAAUAACAGAACAAAAACGAAAACAACAAACAUCAACAGCAACAAAUCGAGAGCAACAUCACAAAUACUUUGUACACUAAAUGGAAAGAAUAUUUACAAACGAAAACCUUAAGAUAUAUACAUACUUAUAUAUACAUACGUGUAUAUACUAAAUA